UAUUAUUGAUUUAGGAUUAUGUAAACCUAUAAGUGAAUUGCAUAAUGAUGAUGAUGAAAUUUAUGGUGUUUUGCCUUAUAUGGCACCUGAAAUAUUAAGAAGAAAUCCGUAUACUCCAGCAAGUGAUAUUUAUAGUCUUUCAAUGAUAAUGUGGGAAUUUACAUCAGGUAUUCCUCCAUUUAAUUAUAAAGCACAUGAUCUUGAACUUAUCUUGGAUAUUUGUAAUCAAGAAAAACGUCCUGAAAUUAUAAAAAAUACUCCAAAAUGUUAUGUAGAUUUAAUGAAAAAAUGUUGGGAUUCAAAUCCCUCCAACAGACCAACCGUAAGAAUGCUUGAAAAUAUUGUAUCUGAAUGGAUUAGGAGUAUUAAUGGAUAUUAUGAAAUGAACAGGGAUGGAGAAUAUAACUUUACGGUACCUAAUGUUAAUAAUCAAUUAGAAGAUGAUAUGUUUGAAUUUGUAGAAGCAAACAAAACUUUAGUACAAGAACAAGCAAAUACUUCUAUUAUGAAAUCUCAUCCACAAGCAAAUUAUACAAGUAGCAAAUUCACUAAAUUUACUGAAAUUUUAGCUCAAGAAAAGUCGGAAUUCAUAGGUUUUGAAUGUAUAGUUGAAGAUUAAUGAUCUCGUUAUUUAUUAAAUUAUUUAUAUCAUGUAAUUUACAAUUUU